UUCUUUUUUUUUUUUUUUUUUUUUUUUUUUGGUUUCCUGGUGUUACCCAAACAAGUUCCUUCUCCGGCCUCAACCCACACAGAGAUAAGGUACCUGGGUGCCGUAGCGCUUCAUCUCACACGCAUCUGAGCUGUAAGAACAGGAAGCAAGAGCUGUCAUUGGCUCGGUUUUCUUUUUUUUUCUUUUCCUGUCCGUUGAGUGAGCUUGGUCGGGUGUAAUCCUGAAGAGCCACCCGGCUCCCACACGUUGUUGGCUGAUACUGUCCAAAGCACACACCAAAAAUAAAACAAGAGUUGCCAUGUUGGCCUACAACGAAGAUGUGGAGAAGCAACCGAUCCCGGACGCCGGCUCCAACAUGCCCGAGAUGGGCGAGGGCGAGGAAGUCUCCGCAAACAGACGCUGGGCCGCGUCCCGAGCUUUCCUUAUCAAGGCCGCCGCCUUUGGCCGCGUCGAGUUUAGGGGCAUCGCGCCCAUCCCUAUCAAAGAGCGGACGGUAGAGAGCACAGUCGACGUCUUCACCUUGUGGUGGUCCAUGAACACCAACAUCCUCCCAAUCACCUUUGGCAUGCUGGGCCCCGUGUACGGUCUCGGUCUUAGAGAUAGCUCGCUCGUCAUCCUCUUCUUCACCCUCUUGACCGCCCUGCUGCCCGCGUACCUGUCGACGCUGGGGCCCAAGAUCGGCAUGAGGCAGAUGAUCCAAGCUCGCUACAGCUUCGGUCGAUACCUAGUCUCCGUGCCCGUGCUGCUCAACCUGGCCACGCUGACGGGCUUCUCAGUCAUCAUCGCCGUCGUAGGCGGGCAGUGCCUGUCGGCCGUGGCCGGCGGCAGCCUGAGCGUCGACGUCGGCAUCGUCAUCAUCGCGUUGCUGGCGCUGGUCAUCUCAUUCUGCGGCUUCACCGUGCUGCACGUCUACGAGCGCUUCGCCUGGAUCCCCGCCUUGGUUGCUAUCGUGGUCGCUGUCGGCACCGGCGGCAGCGGCCUCCGCCAGCAGACGGUUGUUGAGGAGCCCGCGGCCGCGCCCGCCGUACUGUCAUUCGGCAUGAUCGUCGCCUCGUACAUGAUUCCCUGGGCGUGUCUAGCGUCCGACUUUACGACGUACCUGUCGCCGAUGACUUCCUCGGCCAAGAUCUUCUGGUACUCGUACCUCGGCACGUCGAUCCCGACCAUCCUGCUGAUGGUGCUGGGCGCGGCCAUCGGCGGCGCCGUCGAGAACGUGCCGGAGUGGGCAGACGGGUACGCGAGCACGUCCGUGGGCGGGGUGCUGGCGGCGAUGCUGGCGCCGGCGGUGGGCUUCGGCAAAUUCCUAGUGGUAUUACUGUCGCUGAGCCUGCUGGGCAACCUGGCCGCGACGGCGUACUCGGUCACGCUCAACUUCCAGAUGCUGCUGCCGCAGAACAUGGUGGCGCGGGUGCCGCGCUACGCGUUCGCGCUGGUGCUGACGGCCAUCGUGGUACCCGUCAGCAUCCGCGCCGCCGCCGACUUCUUCGUCAGCCUUGAGAACUUUGUCGCUCUCAUCGGCUACUGGAGCUCCGCCUUCCUCGGAGUGGUUCUUGUUGAGCACCUGCUCUUCCGCCGCGGAGAUUGCGCCUCGUACGACGCCGACGCCUGGGACAAGGCCCGUCUGCUCCCGUGGGGCGCCGCUGCGCUUGCUGCUGCUGCUCUUAGCUUUGCUCUCGUCAUACCCGCCAUGGAUCAGACCUGGUACCACGGCCCCAUUGCCUCGACAACUGGCGACAUUGGCUUCGAGCUCGCCUUUGCUGUGUCUGCUGCCCUGUAUGUCCCGCUGAGGUUUCUCGAGAAGAAGUUUGUUGGCAGGUGAGGGCGUUUUGGAGUUGAAUGAAUAAUAAAAGGAGACACGUAUAAAAGAGGGCAACGACGAAUGGUAUACAUAGACUUGGAGGCACAAUGGCGGCGCCCGGUGUUGAGGAGAAGGGCUUAUAGGGGAAUGUUUAUUUUUGUUUCUUUCAAAAUGUUGGUGCUUGGCCAGGCAUGUGGCCACUUCUCGUGCCACUGUUGUCUGUCUGUAUUCUGUAGUCGGGCUAAGCAAGCCCCACCGUGAUGAUGGUUAUAACAGGUAUGGGGCAAUUUGAUCUGAUUCUUUAACGGUAUCGUAUGACACCCUCAGUACCAUUAUGAGUUG